AUGAUCGACGACAUCCACAAUUCCUUUGAAUCUGACGACUUGGAUUACGAAUCUGAUGACGAGGAUUACUUCGCAAUUGUUGGCUUCGACGAAGAAGAGGCACGCAAACAACUUUUAUCAUUUCCUGAUUGCACAAAGAUCAAAUUGGAUCGCGAUUUGCAACAAGACAUGGGAGUCGAAGUCGGUCCAAACGUGUCUUCGGAAAAGCCAUGGAAGCAAAUUCGCAAAGAAAUUCUCGAAGAUUACCUGCCUGAUGACUCGCCGGCGUUGUUGGAGCUCAAAAUAAAGCUUCGCGAAAUGGAACAAGGACAAUUGGUGUUGUUCGGAUACAUUUCGCAAUCCGGCGCCGAUCAAGAUGAUCUCUUCAUUGUCUUCGAAAACGAAAAAAUCGCCAAGGAAGCAAGCGAAAUAAUCCGCAAACUCGAGAUUUUGGACAGACUGAAGGCGAGAAAUCUCGUCAUCAAACAGCCUCGCAAAUGGGAAACGGCUGGAAGUGAAAAAGAAGUCGACUUAUUCAAACCGGAGCGUCGCGAAAACAGUUCUUACGUCGAAGUUCAAAGUACUUACCCAAUCCGCAUGGCAAAUUCCUUCUUCGCGAUGCGUUUAUGCGAGGAUUCGCGCGACGGUUAUGUCGAACUUGUGCCCGGCAGAAACGUUAUCGAGACAGUUUACAAGAAAACCAACGACAUGCCCAUCCAGUGUGGCUCAAUUCCGUGUCACAAGUACCAACAAACUGAUCCAACGUUCCCGACAAACGCUUGGUCUCAAUAUUUGUACGAAAUUAAGCGAGAAGUUGACGUAAAACCAACCGCUGAUGAAAUAUCGAAGACUUCUACGAAGGAAUCUCGAUCGCAAGUAACCACUCCGGGCACAGAUCUGCCCAUCCAGGCAUCAGAAAAGGUGAAAAAUCUCAUUGGAACACUUGAAUUCAACAAAAUCGACAUGUACCGCGAUGAUUAUAACAUGAUAGCACGAAAGCCCACGCCUCGGUAUAACACGCCGCAUCUCGAGGAAGCUUUUUGUUUCGCUGACAUGUCAAAAACUAAAGAUCGGUAUGUCUCUUCGAUGUCUUGGCAUCCCCAAUUUUCGGGCGUUGUAGCAGUUUCGUACACUUUCGAGACAUUUUCGACCUUUGUACCGAACGACGAGUCCCCAAAUCUCGUGAAACGCACAAUUUUGGAGAAAAAUCCCGUUUUAAUCUGGAGUUUUGAUGACACUUUAAAGCCCAAGUUGGAAUUAGUCGCUCCCCGAGAAGUUUACACCCUCAGUUUUUGCCCGUACAACCCGAAUAUCUUGAUUGGCGGCAUGAUUUCGGGCGAUAUUGUGCUGUGGGACCUCAAAGGAUGCAUCGAACGUGUCGAAAUCGAGGAAGUUCUUACGCCGGAACAAGCUUCAAAUCGUCGCAUGACGCGAGAAUUCCUGAAUUGGGUAAAAGUAACCGAUACAGAGCUCGUGCAUCCCGCCGCCAUCAGCAACAUGGAAGAUUCUCAUCUCGAAACGAUCUCCGGCGUCAAAUGGCUGCCCCAAAAUUACUACAUAACUGUCGGGGGGCAAGUUAAAGAGUCUCCGGCGAAGGAUAAACGUCAUUUUGCGACAAGUUCUUUGGAUGGCAACAUUUGUUUUUGGGAUCUGGAUUGGGUAGUGCCGGAUGACGAGCUGAAAAAGCGGAAAGUUGAACGAAAAUUUCGUGUUCCUGUCAAUUUAGAGGUUGAUCAGUCGCCUUACGUGAAGCUCGAUAUGUCAUGGAAGCCCGUUUAUCGUCUUUUGGUUGAGAAACCUCUGACGGGAAUUCUCCUAACUGAGGGAAUUUAUCGUUAUGAGCCUCUGAAUGCGCGAAAAAGUGAGAUUACGCAACGAAUUACGCAUAAAAUCAUCCCGGAGUAUGUCGAUCACUUUGAUAUGAAUGUCGUUGUUUGCACAGUUUUCGGGCAAAUUUGCACAGGGCAUUGGGAAGGCUUCGAUUUUAGUCAAGGAGCAGCAGUUAAUGAGGAAAAAAUGCCCUUGGAAAUGUUCCCGCCAAUUCACAAUGAUCCCGUGAUCGCCAUCGAACGAAAUCCCUUUCACAGUGCGAUCUUUUUUACGAUCGGCGGCACGAUUUUCAGCAUUUGGAAACAAACGUUCAAAGAAGCGCCCAUUUUUUGGCGGGAACGUCCUUGUCGCAUAACCUCGGGGAAAUGGAGCAAAGAUCGUCCUGGCGUGCUUUUUCUCACGUUGGUUGAUGGAACGUUUGAAGCGUGGGAUUUUAUCGCGCGAACGAACGAACCUUGUUUGGUAGAAUGUUUGGGCGGGAACAUUUUGACAGCAAUGUCACAACAUCAACUCAGUUUGGCGCGAUCUGUGCUCGUGAUCGGCGAUUACAACAGCAGUUUGCGCGUCUUUUUACUCCCAAAUGCCUUCGUUCAGAUGCAAACCGACGAAAUCGAGGCAGUUGAACAACUCUUCGAUCGCAUCGAAAAAAUCAAAAUCGAUCAGGAAACGUGGAAACGCGCAUGGUGCGAUCAAAAUCGCGAUCUUAUCCAAUCGAGACUUGUCGCGGCGGCGGAAAUGCGUGCCGAGACAAAGAAAAUUAUGGAAGAAGAGGAACAAGCAGCACGUGCAAGACCCUCAGCUGUUAGUACGAACAAGCCGAAGAAAGAUCAAAAGCGAAUUGAUUUCGCAGAAGCGGCGGAAAAGAAAUGGAAUGAGCAGAAUUACGAAAGAUUGUUGAAAGUUCUCAUGGAACGACGACGCGUUAAUCCAGAAGUGUUGGAAAAACUCACGAGACCCGAAAAAGAUCGUCGGCAAUAUCAGGCGGAGAAGAAACAAGCAAUUGAGGCGAGUUUUUCGCGAAUCAAUGAAGAACUUGCUGAAUUGAGGUCAAAGUUGAUACCGAAAGAGGUAAUUGACGAUUCACGUGAACGACUUGUCGAAGGCGUUGCGGAAACGGCAGUGCAUCAAAUGAAGGAAUAUAAUCAUGUGAGGAUGGAAGCUAUUGAUGCGAUCGAAAAAAAUGCUGAACUUUGUCACGAUGCCACAGCAAAUGAAAUUUUGGAACGUGCAAGACAAAGAAGAGAAAUAAUCGAUCGCGCACUCGGAGGAAAUCCAGCCAAAAUGGAGCAAUAUUUGAAACAACGACAACGUCGCUUAAACGAUCGAAUGCAUCACUUGAGUGCCGACAUAAGUCUCAAUCAGAGUCAAAUGGAUCGCUCAAACACCAUGUCUCUCAUGUCGGAUUUCAAAAUGGAUGAAACUGUUGUGUCGGCAAUGUCGAUGCGAUAAUCAUAAAAAAAAUAAUUUUUCGUGUGUGGAUUUUUUUUUAAAUAAAUUUUGAUAAUUUUACAUCAUUUCAGCAAAAGUUUCCUUCCAUAAAAAAUUUUAUUGGAAAAAAUUUUAAAAUUUCGAUA